GAAGAGCAGAGGACCGGAGAGCCCGCCGCACCAACAGACGAUUGGAGAGCCGCGAUGGAACAGAGCGGCAGCAGUUGCCGGCCGUGUGUCGGGGUUGCCCUGGUUCUCGCCGUCGUGUCGCUGAGGGGGCUCGCCAGCGCCGCGGCGAUCACGCGGUCCGAUUUCCCAAAUGGGUUCGUCUUCGGCGCCGGGACGUCGGCUUAUCAGGUGGAAGGCGCAUGGGACGAGGACGGAAAGAAGCCGAGCAUCUGGGACACAUUUACGCAUGGUGGCUAUGCUGCGGACCAUGCAACCGGAGACGUAGCUGCUGAUCAAUAUCACAAGUACAAGGAGGAUGUGAAGCUAAUGCACGAGAUGGGCUUGGACGCGUACAGAUUCUCUAUCGCCUGGACAAGGCUUAUUCCUGAUGGGCGAGGAGCUGUGAACCCAAAGGGGCUGGAGUACUACAACAAUCUAAUUGAUGAACUCGUGAGUUAUGGGAUACAGCCUCACGCAACAAUAUAUCACUUUGAUCUUCCCCAGGCACUUCAAGAUGAAUACAACGGCCUGCUCAGUCCUAGAUUCAUUGAGGAUUUCACGGCGUAUGCUGAUGUGUGCUUCAGGAGCUUCGGGGACAGGGUGAAGCACUGGGCCACCCUUAACGAGCCCAACAUCGAGCCCCUUGGUGGGUAUGACAUUGGCAAUCUACCACCAAGGCGGUGCUGCACACCGUUUGGUGAAGCCUGUGUUGGCGGCAACUCCACGACAGAGCCAUACAUCGUUGCACACCAUCUUUUGCUCGCACACGCCUCUGCUGUUUCCCUCUACAGAGAGAAGUACCAGGCGGAGCAAAGUGGGCAGAUCGGGAUCACUUUACUAGCCUUUUGGUUUGAGCCCGCGACACAGAAACUGGAUGAUGUAGAAGCUGCUGCAAGGAUGAGUGACUUCACCCUUGGAUGGUUCAUGCACCCUUUGGUGUACGGACACUAUCCGUCAGUGAUGAGGAGGAACGCCGGGUCUAGGCUGCCAGUGUUGACAGCUGAGGAGUCUGCGAGAGUGCGCGGGUCAUUUGAUUUCAUAGGGAUCAACCACUAUGGUGCAAUUUAUAUUGCGGCUGAUUUGGGCCAACUGAAACAGAGCCCGAGAGAUUACGCCAGAGACGCAGCUGCCAAAUAUAUAACCUGGCCAUUUCAGAGCUCAACGAACAAGGACGGCCUCAGGUUAGAAAAUCACCCGGCGCCAUGGGCUCUGAGGAAACUGCUCGACCUCCUGAUACACAAGUACAGGAAUCCUCCAGUCCUAAUCUAUGAGAACGGAGCUGGCGACGAGCCGGAUCCAUCAGGCAAGUUCGUGGAUGACGAUGGGUUCAGAUCACGUUACCUGCAGGACUACAUUGAAGCAACACUUCUCUCGAUCAGGAACGGCUCAAGCGUGCACGGCUACUUUGUAUGGUCGUUCCUGGACGUCUUUGAGGUCCUCUUCGCCUACAGGUUCCGGUUCGGCCUGUAUGGGGUCGACUUCGGUGCUGAGAACAGGACACGGUACGCCCGGCACUCCGCGCGGUGGUACGCCGGCUUCCUUCACGGCGGCGAGCUCAGGCCGGCGGCAGCGACGACCGGCUCUGGAGCCUACUCUGAGUGAUCAUUGGUCAAGCCGCGCGUGAUGUCCCAUGUAUAUGAGAUCAGAUCUUGCGUAUGAAUGUACUUGCAUGGCUGGAUGUGAUUUUGUGAUAAUAAAUACAGAUAAGGAAUUGUAGGAGAGGAAAGCUGCUUGCUGCAUUGACUGUGAAGCCGUAGGGCAAUCCGGUGAAAACCGGGUCACUUUCCAAAAUUCGCGAAGACUCACUGUGAAAAUUAUUGGAACAGUUUAACCUAGAA